AUGAAUAGGCAAUUACUGACAGAUGAAGCCAGCAACCCUUUUGCAAGAUUGCCAACAGAGGUCAUCCAGUAUAUUGCCUAUCUCCUCCCGAGUGAUGACGAUGUCGCGAAAUUCUCCAGCGCCUGCACUUUUCUGGCCGCCAAAGUUUUACCAUCUGAAUCUUCUAUUUGGCGUGGAAGGUUCGGGGACAAGUAUGAUAUUCCUCGAGGCCGGUGCUCUACGGAUUUGAAGAUCGAGUAUCAGAUACGCGCCAUUGUCCUUUCCCAGAAGAUAAGCUUCAAGUAUGGUGAAAAAGAGGAGCAAAUGAUAUGGUUGGAAGUCAUUCGAGACAUGUUGCUGGAGUCCGGCAUCUGUGAAAAUGAACAACUUUCCUCGAAAACAUUCAAGAAGAUCCGCGAGGUGCUCUCGGGUGCUGACUUUCUGAAUAGACCGGUCAGUGGGUAUGGCAGAAAAGAACCGAGAUCGCCUUCUGAUUUGUUCUGCGCCGUCCAGCUGUGUCUCACUGACCUAGCCUUGGAUCCGUCUAUGGUGUUUCGCUGCCUCCGAACGGACUAUGACAUUAGAAUCGUGUAUUCUUAUCAUGCUGAUAUCAUUGAAUCCCUGGUCAGCAUCGAGAAGUUGAACAUGGCAAAUAUAUUGCACAUCCGUAAUUUCUGGCUGCGUCAUUUCCUGAAUCCAGACGAGGCAACUUUCUGUGACUCUUUUACAAAGUUGCCCGAAUGCCACAGGCCCAAAACACGGAAGAACCUCGCCGAGAAGAGUACGAAGCUCACAUGCAUCCAUCCAUAUCCUGGCACGCUGAGCUGUCUUGAGACCCGCCAGACAUGUGCUGACUUAGACUCACAUUGGACUCAGGUUGAACCCAUGUCACUCCAAAUCAAAAUAAACCAAGAUCCUCAGAACUGGCCACCAUUGUUUGACUCCAUCAUCUCUAUACGCAGCGCAGACUCAAAUCGUACAUACUUCCGGGGCAUCCAGAAAACCUAUGGCAUAGAUGAUGAGCCCGCAAACUUAGUCCGCGGUUUCACAGAACCAAUUCCAGAGCCCCAGGGUGGCUUUCCUGGUUGGACCCGUAUUUGCUUUGCCAUUUAUGAUGCAGACCGCGAGCAGCUUCCCCUCAUCGUGAACGAGGGAAAUGACCAGGAAAACGACACACCAUGGCUCCCUGACGAGGAGUGGCCGCCAUUCGAUUUGGCUUUUGAAUUCAACUGGAUCCAUGGCUACGAGGGAGUACUCCUUCCUGGAGGGAGAAUUAUGAUGGGACGUUGGAUCGACAUGAUUGAGACGACGGCCAGGGGUCCAUUCAUUUUCUGGGACCUGUGA